CGUCGCUGAUUGUGAUUCUCGCGUGUAGGAGGGAACCCGAACCCCGAUCGAACCUGGACCGAAUGCUUUGCGCAGUUGGUCGGCACUGUGCUGUCGCUUUGGGAUGCUGCCGAGCUGGACGCGGCGGGGGACGAUGGCGAGGUGCUUCCCAAGUUCAUCAACCUGACGGAUGCGUCGAUCAAGAUGAUUGAAUCGCUUCCAACCAAGUCCAACGAGCAACCGCUUCAGAAUAUCCUGAGCAUCUCUACCGCCGGCCGCAACCGCUACUUGCUUCACUUUAGCUCGCACCAUUCCUUGAUCCAAUGGACGGCGGGGAUCCGCCUUGCCAUGUACGAGCAUUCGACGCUCCAGGAAGCCUACACGGGCGCCCUGGUUGCGGGCAAGGGGAAGAGCCUCAAUAACAUCAACAUCAUCAUGGAGCGGGCGAGACAACCGAUUCAGGAAUGGGUGCGCGUGAGAUUCGGCGCCGGCGUUCCCUGGAGACGGUGCUAUUGUGUGAUCGAACCGCCGAGCGAGAAGGAGUACCAGAAGGCGCAGAAGGAAUUCAAGAAGCGGUCUCCCUACGACCGCUCGCACGGUCCCGUUCUGAAGGGCGAGAUUAAGUUCUUCGACACAAAGAAGGAUGCUGAGAAAAAGAAGAAGCACCAAAAGCCCAUCGCGUCCAUCACCGACGCCUACGCGGCCUACGCCAUCUACCCGCAAGCAAAGGAGCUAAUCGACAGCUCGACGCUUUUGAAAGUUGAGGGCGACAUCACAAUUCACUCCGACCCCCCAUCCUCGACCGAAGGCUUCGUCUUCAUCAUGCCCGAGACGCACCCUGCUGUGUCCGGCUUUGAAAUGCUUCUUCGCUGCCUGUUCCCGACGUGGGAUACCUUCGCGUUGUACGGCCGGCCCGGCCGCCUGGUGGCGAGCUCUCUCGACACGCGCUCGUUGAUGUUUGCGAUGCCGAAGCAUAAGCGAUAUGGCUACCUAGAGAUCUUGGAUGUGAGCGGCCUGAUCUUGACCAAUGGGAGUUCUUCGUGGUCAGAGCGGGAAUGGCGGAAACGCCUCAAGGAACUGACGGGGCAACGAAUGGCCGCCAUGGAGGAUGCCGCUGGGAGCCAAAGCCGGAACACAAGCAAUAACAGCAAGCGACUGAGCCACGGGGCUCAGAACGCGGGAUCCCGGCCGAGGGUGGGAUUUGCGGAUGACACUGGCUCUGUCCGGUCGUCGCGGUCCAUGUCGCUCUCGCGACCGGGUCCGCGGACCGACUCGGCACCUCCUGACCCGAACCGGGAACGGGCGCCGUCAGCAAUGGCUGAGAAUGCUCGACACUCCCGGCACAUUUCUGAUACCCAAAUAGGUGAGGCUCCGCCGGGAUUCGGCCUGGAGAGUGCCCCGCCGCACGGCCCGCCGGGGAUGCGCGGUCCCGAACGGGUCAAGGCCUAUGCGAGCGACUUGGCUUCGACUCCCGAGAGGGUCAGUUCCGAGGAUGACAGCCCGGUGAGAGAAACCAUGGCCGGUCACAUUGGCGAGAUGCAGCGCAUGGAGACGCCUGAACCGGUCAACGCGCCUCCAGCAUUCGCGCAUGGCUCAGGUUCUCUACCGCAGCAGAAGCCGUAUCCGUCGCCGGAGAUGCGCAGGGCAACCAAUCGCUUGUCCAACACGACGUUGUCGCACAUCGCCAAGGCCGGAGGCCUUAACCCGGAUGCGCUAACGGACGAGUGGAAUGAACCACGGCUCGAAACUGCGGGCGAAGGUCCAGGGCCGGGACACACCGACCCGCGAGGUCUAGCGGUACAGCCACAAGCCAGCGCCAACGCCGUGGGGACGAAUGCUAAUAUCAAUGGCUCUCCUGAAGUUCUAAUGUCCCCCUCCAUUGCCUCCUCGGGCCGCAACGGGCCCGCCCCGCCGCCACCCCUCAGGGAUCCCGCUCGAAAGCGGUCGAACUCUCCUCUCAGAGGUCCCCCGAGGGAGGGUCCUGGCAAUGCCCCCCAGGCCUUCGGCUUCCCUCCCCCCGCUCCCCCACUGUCCGGUCGUCAACAGCCUGCCGAUGGACGCCGCACCCCUUCUCCCGGCCCGAAACAGCAACGAUCCCCGCCGGUCUCGGGGGGUUCGCCCCCAAUAAACAGGAAGCCUCUGCCCGCGAGAACGACGAGCCUGACAUCUCGUGCUGUCGGUAAUGGCGCCCAUCCGGUUCCCGGUCAAUCAGCACCCCCAAAUCAUGCUGCGCCGCCCCGUGGACCGGCGGCGCACCCUCGGCAGCUUGACGGGUUUGCCUCGCCGCCAGUUUCUUCACAGGCCCCUUAUCGACAAAGAGACCCGGCCAAAGCGGAGGGCGGCUUCGACGACGCCUCCUCGACAACCAGCCCGGACUACGCGAGCACUCGUCCCUCGACCGACACCCAAGAUUCGACCGAUCGGCCCAGAGCCGGCGUGCUCAAGACUGUCGGGGACGGCUCUGCAGGCUCAUCGGGGGCGGCUGCAGAGAAGGAUUAUGACAUUCCUGAAAUCAAUUUUGGUCGGACACUGAACUACGGCGCACCCCUUCUCCAGGUCGACAAGUUGUCGUCCAAAGAUUCGUCAGGACGAAAUGACGGUGCGCCAGCUGUCGGUCGAAGAUCCCCCGCGCCAACGACUGCACUCUCGCAUUCUCGACAGCAAUCAGACGACACUGUUCGUCGGAGCGUCGCCUGGCCGGGUCCUCCGCCGGCCGGAUCAUCUACAACGCACCAGCGCAUUCCGUCAACGAAUACUCUGACCGAACUGCGACCGUCUCACUCUCGGCACGGCUCGGCUGAUCUGCUUUCGUCGGGCCGAUCUAACGGUCAUUCGCACUCUCGACACAGCUCCGUUGAUCUGCUUUCUUCUGGACGACCGGCCAGCCGGGGGAUGGGAGCUGUAUUAUCUGGGGGCGACCCUAACAAGCGACCAGCCAGCCGCGGCGCCCUACAUUCGCGGAGCAGCUCAGCCGACCUGCUCUCCUCCGGGCGGCCCGUCAGCCAGGGAACGGGCGCAGUCCUUUCUGCGGGGGAGAUGUCUUCGUCCCUGUCGGCCCGCGAGCAGGAACACGUUGCACGGGUCACUGGCACUCCGCUGAUCGCCUUCGCCACAAGUAAAGGUCCGUCUCAAACACAGAACGGGCUCGUUGGUGCGAUCGAGGUUAGGGAGCGCGAAAGAGCCCAGAUGAAACAGGGAAUCGGCGGGCAGGCAGUUGCCCAGGCCAUCGACCAAAGGCAGCGAGAACAGAACCAGCAAGCACAACGAGCCGCACAGGCUGCAUAUGCCCAGCAGCAGGCUCAGUUCGCUGCACAACAUGGUCCGGUCCGCCCGCAGACGCCGGGCGCGAUGGGCAUGAUGAUGGGCGGUGCACCUUCGGUUUAUGGCCCGCAAGUCCCAGCCCGUCCUCAGACCCCUGGUGCGAUGAAUAGGAUGAUGGACGGCCCUCCUCCCACUGCGUACGGCCCGGGCAUGACUGGCAUGGGCGGCCGAAGCAUGAGCCCCGGGCCUGGCAUGAUGGGACCGGGGCGCUUUGCCCAAGGGCCUCCAACACCGCGGCAUCAGAUGAUGCCGCAGUCGCCGUCAUACGGCGGAGGGCUUCCGCAGGGAGGUGAAUGGAGCGUACCGAGCAUGCCGUAUCGCCAGGGACCGCCGAUGCCCCCGCCGACCAUGGGCUUGGGAAUGCAGGGUGGGCGGCCGCAGUCGCCGGCAUUCCAGCUGCCGCCUCAGGGUCAGUACGCGCCCCCGGGCACUCCAGGCGGUCCGCGGCCAGGGACACCGGGUCGCAUGCAGUUCCAGGGCCAGGCUUUCUAGGGUGGAGCCAAGGUCAAGAAGCUGAGAGCCAUGUUCGAGUCCGAGACGGAGCGCAAAGAGAAGGAUUCCGAGUCUACAAUCGGUGCCGAGGAGUGAGGAAAAG